GAAGCAGCCGCCUUUACGCGCUCGACUUGCUGGACCUUAUUAUCUUAGUUGAUGCUUACCCUCGCCUAGACGAUAAGAGUUAAUUCAGGGGGUAUCUCCAUCUUAGCCAGCUCCUCGGAUUUGCCACAUGAAUUACACAAGGAAGCGCGCACUCCUUGCUUGCGACUUCUGCAGGCAUCGUAAGCGGAGGUGCGAUGGGAAGAAACCGUGUUCUACCUGCAAGGAUUCAAAUGCCGAUUGUGUAUACAAGGAGCUACCGUUCGAUAGAGUGGAAGACUCGAGUCCAAACGCAGUCAUCGAUCGGCUUGCCCGAAUAGAAUCGCUGCUCGAACACCAAAGCCAGCAGAUUAACCAGCUCAGUACUCGUUCUAGCCCCCUUUCGUACCCUCCGAGCCAGGCCGAUUAUUUUACCGCUUACCAACAGCACUCAGACUACUUGCCUUCCACGUCUGCUGGAAUAGACCCCCAGUUAGAUUCGCCGCAAUUUUUAAUCCCAAAAGGUCAUGCUACUCUGACAACCACGCUCCUUUCGCUGCCCCAGGUGCGUGAUCUACUCGGAGACUAUCCAAGAGAAUAUUUCUUCGAGAUCGAAGAGAAGUUCCCCUUACCAGGACUACUUGGGAGUCUCUAUGAUAGCCCAUUAGUCUGGCCAUCUCUUGACCUCGAUGGUCUUAAUGCGUUAGCCGAAAACUAUUUCCGAAAUGUUCACCCUCACCAUCCGCUAUUCACGCCGAAUAUGUUCAAAUCGUGGCAGGAUCAGCUUAUUCAGGAAAGGGAUAUGGAAGAUAUUGGAACUUCGAUAUGCUUUUGCGUCUACGCGUUGGGUACGAUAAGUUCAGACCGGGAGGGCAACUAUGAGGAUGAUGAAGCGCUGGGUCUUCAGUUUUUCCAACCGGCACUGAGAAUAAUGCUACAUAAAUUGGUUUGGGAUUUUCGACCAGGCAUAGGUAUCUGCCAGGCUUUGCUACUCGCAGCUUCAUAUUUUGCUCAUUUAGGAAGACCACUUCACAGCUGGAGAAUGGCGCAGUUCGCAUCCCGGCUAUUUCUAAAUCUUGUUGAGAGCCGGAAACAUAAUUUGUCGAGUGCUGUCUUCGAAGAGGCGGAAUUAAGAACAUUUUGGCAAUGUUUUACAGUUGAAUGUGAUCGAAUCGCCGAGCUUGACGUUCCUCGGAGCGGGAUAGAACCCUUGGGGGACCGGAUGCGGCUUCCACAUAAUACGGACCCCUCCGAUAACGAGAAUAUUAUUUAUUUCAUCGCCGAGCAUGCCAUUCGUCGGCUCCUGAACCGUAUACACAACUCGCUUUACGGUCCCGAACUCGCAGAAACUAGUUUCACGGGACCAAACCAAGCAUGGCAGAGUCUAGGUCUUCAGAAACUUUUAGCUCUUAGUACUGAGCUCAACAGACAGUUAGAGGAAUGGUACAUCUCCAUACCGGACUACCUAAGACCUCUGAAAGGGACUCUUCCACUACCAAACGAUCGUGCCCGAGUCCUCAGGCUUCGGUACUACGCUGCGAGGCACAUCAUUUAUCAGCCGUUCUUACUUCAGAUGGUCUGCCGACAACAGGAAGCCCAAUCCCCAGCGGGAUCUUCGGCUCUAAGUCCUGAUCCAUACGGCGAGUCGCCUGUCUUCUUGGAAAAGUGCGAGGCCUGUAUCGAUUCUUGCGUUACCUACCUUUACAAUGCGGUGGAUAUGAUUGACAAGCGUUCUCCAUACCUAUGGACCAUUUCACAGAGUUGUCUGGCAUGCCUAAUUAUGCUAUGGUUGGCAGAUAAUUCACCCACCUUGCAUACUUAUGUCCCCCAUAUGCAACCAAUCCAGGACAUGGUGCUUACAAAAAUACGAAAAUGGGCCCCUGACGAUUCUAGCCUUGCUGCUGAGGCACAGAUUAUAGAACAGCUCGUUUUUUCUGAUUCGAUGGAAACUUGAGGAGGCUCUCUGGUAUAUUUUUACAAUUCUCAUGGCUUCC